GCCGACCGAGCCGGGGCCGGGAGCCCGGAGCCAGCAGCCGGCUGCCCGCGGAGCUGCUGCGGCGGCAUCUGGAGCUGUCUCCGUCCUGCGGACGAGUGACGGCGCCCGGCGGCUUCUGAGCCUAGCUGGGCCCAGGGAGGAGCGGGCUAGACACUUUUUAUUUUGGAGAGGGGCGAGUCCCAGCAGAAGCUUCCUUUCCGGCCUGGCUCGCUCUUUAUUGCGUCCCGCUCCGGCCCGGACUCUGGAAGAUGACUCCGGGGUCUGCUCUGUGUAUUCAAGCGGCGAAGGCUCGGGGAGGCAGCCGAAAGUAGUAACACUUGGUAGUAGCAGCUGGUGAAAAAGUGAGCCGAGGCGGCACAGACUCGGCUGUCCCCGCGUCCCCCGGCGCCCGCUGUCCCUCGCCGCUCCUUUCCCUCGGCUCCCCGCGGCCGCAGCAUGAAGUGGCGCAGAGAUGGCCAGGAGAGGUAAGAAGCCGGUGGUGCGAACGCUGGAGGAUCUGACGCUGGACUCGGGUUAUGGUGGCGCGGCGGACUCGGUGCGCUCCUCCAACUUGUCUCUGUGCUGUUCCGACUCGCACCCAGCGUCCCCGUAUGGCGGGAGCUGCUGGCCGCCUCUAGCUGACUCCAUGCACAGCCGGCACAACAGCUUUGACACCGUCAACACUGCCCUGGUGGAAGACUCCGAGGGGCUGGACUGCGCCGGCCAGCACUGCUCGCGGCUGCUGCCGGACCUCGACGAGGUUCCCUGGACCCUCCAGGAGCUGGAGGUGCUGCUGUUGCGCUCGCGGGAUCCCCGGGCAGGCCCGGCGGCCCCCGGCGGCCUGCCCAAGGACGCGCUGGCCAAGCUGUCGACGCUGGUGAGCCGGGCGCUGGUGCGCAUCGCCAAAGAGGCGCAGCGCCUGAGCCUGCGCUUCGCCAAGUGCACCAAGUACGAGAUCCAGAGCGCCAUGGAGAUCGUGCUGUCCUGGGGCCUGGCGGCACACUGCACGGCGGCCGCGCUGGCCGCGCUGUCCCUCUAUAACAUGAGCAGCGCCGGCGGCGACCGUCUGGGCCGCGGCAAGUCCGCGCGCUGCGGCCUCAUCUUUUCCGUGGGCCGAGUGUACCGCUGGAUGGUGGACAGCCGCGUGGCGCUGCGCAUCCACGAGCACGCCGCCAUCUACCUGACGGCCUGCAUGGAGAGCCUCUUCCGGGACAUCUACUCGCGGGUCGUGGCCUCCGGGCUGCCCCGGAGCUGCAGCGGCCCCGGCCCGGGCUCCAGCUCCAGCUCCGGCCCAGGCCCAGGCUCGGGCCCCAGCGCGGGCCCCGCGGCGGAUAAGGAGCGGGAGGCACCAGGAGUGGGAGCAGCGAGCGGUGGCGCCUGCAGCGCAGCCAGCAGCGCCAGCGGGGGCAGCAGCUGUUGCGCCCCGCCGGUCGCCGCGGCCGCCGCAGUCCCGCCGGCCGCCGCUGCCGCCGCCGCCAACCACCACCAUCACCACCACCACGCGCUCCACGAGGCGCCCAAGUUCACCGUGGAGACCCUGGAGCACACGGUCAACAACGACUCCGAGAUCUGGGGGCUCCUGCAGCCUUACCAGCACCUCAUCUGCGGGAAGAACGCCAGCGGGGUGCUGUGCCUUCCAGACAGCCUGAAUCUUCACCGAGACCCGCAGCGUUCAAGCAAGCCCGGAGAACUGCCCAUGUUCAGCCAGUCGGAGUUGAGGACUAUAGAGCAGUCCUUGCUGGCCACCCGCGUGGGCAGCAUCGCAGAACUGAGUGACCUGGUGUCCCGUGCAAUGCAUCACCUGCAACCCCUCAAUGCCAAGCACCACGGCAACGGCACCCCCCUGCACCACAAGCAGGGGGCGCUCUACUGGGAGCCCGAGGCCCUGUACACCCUUUGCUAUUUCAUGCACUGCCCGCAAAUGGAAUGGGAAAACCCCAACGUGGAGCCUUCCAAAGUCAACCUCCAGGUGGAAAGGCCCUUCCUCGUGCUGCCGCCGCUGAUGGAGUGGAUCCGGGUGGCCGUGGCGCACGCCGGCCACCGCCGCAGCUUCUCCAUGGACAGCGACGACGUCCGCCAGGCGGCCCGGCUGCUGCUGCCCGGCGUGGACUGCGAGCCGCGCCAGCUCAGGGCCGACGACUGCUUCUGCGCUUCUCGGAAGCUGGAUGCAGUGGCCAUCGAAGCCAAGUUUAAGCAGGACCUGGGCUUCCGGAUGCUGAACUGUGGGCGGACGGACCUGGUGAAGCAGGCGGUGUCUCUGCUGGGGCCUGAUGGGAUCAACACCACGAGCGAGCAGGGCAUGACCCCCCUGAUGUAUGCCUGCGUCCGUGGGGAUGAGGCAAUGGUUCAGAUGCUGCUGGAUGCCGGAGCUGACCUGAAUGUGGAGGUUGUCAGUACUCCUCAUAAAUAUCCAUCCAUCCACCCCGAGACCCGCCAUUGGACGGCUCUGACUUUUGCUGUGUUGCAUGGACAUAUUCCUGUAGUUCAGCUCCUCCUGGAUGCUGGGGCCAAGGUGGAAGGCUCUGUGGAGCACGGCGAGGAGAAUUACUCAGAAACGCCGCUCCAGCUCGCAGCCGCUGUCGGAAAUUUUGAGCUGGUUAGUUUGCUGUUGGAACGUGGUGCGGAUCCCCUGAUAGGAACCAUGUACAGGAAUGGAAUUUCUACAACCCCCCAGGGUGAUAUGAACUCUUUCAGCCAGGCUGCAGCCCACGGACACAGGAAUGUGUUCCGCAAACUGCUCGCUCAGCCAGAGAAGGAGAAGAGUGAUAUCCUGUCCCUGGAGGAGAUUCUGGCCGAGGGGACUGACCUGGCAGAGACAGCCCCGCCCCCUCUGUGUGCCAGCCGCAACAGCAAGGCCAAACUGAGGGCCCUGAGGGAGGCCAUGUAUCACAGCGCUGAGCAUGGCUACGUGGAUGUCACAAUUGAUAUCAGGAGCAUAGGUGUCCCAUGGACUCUGCACACAUGGCUGGAGUCUUUGCGGAUCGCCUUCCAGCAGCACCGCAGGCCUCUCAUCCAGUGCUUGCUAAAGGAGUUUAAGACCAUUCAGGAGGAAGAAUACACGGAGGAGCUCAUUACCCAAGGCCUGCCCCUGAUGUUUGAGAUCUUGAAAGCGAGCAAGAACGAGGUGAUCAGCCAGCAGCUGUGUGUCAUCUUCACGCACUGCUAUGGGCCCUACCCCAUCCCCAAGCUCACGGAGAUCAAACGGAAACAGACCUCACGCCUGGAUCCUCAUUUUCUUAACAAUAAAGAAAUGUCUGAUGUUACCUUUCUGGUGGAAGGAAGACCGUUUUAUGCUCACAAAGUGCUGUUAUUUACAGCCUCUCCAAGAUUCAAAGCACUCCUCUCCAGCAAGCCGACAAAUGACAGCACCUGCAUAGAGAUCGGUUAUGUGAAGUACCCCAUCUUUCAGCUGGUCAUGCAGUAUCUCUACUAUGGUGGCCCAGAGUCCCUUCUCAUCAAAAACAACGAGAUUAUGGAGCUUCUCUCUGCUGCUAAGUUUUUCCAGCUGGAGGCUUUGCAGCGACACUGUGAGAUUAUCUGUGCAAAAAGCAUCAAUACUGACAACUGUGUGGAUAUUUACAACCACGCCAAGUUUCUUGGAGUCACAGAGCUCUCAGCAUAUUGUGAAGGCUACUUUCUCAAAAACAUGAUGGUCCUCAUCGAAAACGAAGCUUUCAAGCAGCUGCUAUAUGACAAAAAUGGUGAAGGGACGGGCCAGGAUGUGCUCCAGGACUUACAGAGGACGUUGGCCAUCAGGAUUCAGUCCAUCCACUUGUCAUCUUCCAAAGGUUCUGUUGUAUGAAACUUCCAGUGCAGCGAAUGCUUCCCGGGAACUUUCCAGUUCUCCUGCUGCAUUGGCUUUACACAAACACAUACAAAUUCCACCUGGAGUCUGUUUUUGGCUGGGCCAAGGAGCUGCUCUACUGCCUCAGCUUCUAUUGAAUAAGCAAAUUCAGCUCCCAUGUGUUCCUGUUGAGAAACAAAAGACAUUCCACUGGUCUGCAGAUCAGAUCACAGCUGAGUCCAGAGCCUGGAGGUCAACAUAGGGCAGCCAAGCUAAUCUUAACCAAGAGCACCCCUGGGGCCCACUGCUGGGACCACUGUCCAAUGGAUCGAUCAAGAUCUAAAGGUUGUUGGGGUUCCAGGUUGACAGCUGGAGAACUCAAACGUACCAACCCUGAAAAGCAUCGUAUUACACAUUAAGGACCUUGGUAGCUGCAGUACAGCAAGCAGCCACCGUAGCAAAUUGGUGAGGCUGUUACCCAUAAUGAGGAAAUAAUUUGGCAAAUUUUUAGGGGUGGGAACUUUUUAAAAUGUUCAUAAAAAAAAAAAAAACAGGGCAGUCUUGUAGUUUAAAAUAUAUUUCUAAAA